UUAAUUCUUAGCGUAGCGUUAGCUUCUUUCGUUCACAUUUAUUGUUUUUAUCCGUCAAUUUUGCCUUUUCGUUUCCAGGCUAGCUAACUAGCUUGCUAUCUUUUCAACACAAAUUGAAUUAAGGGUAGAGAGAAAGUGUUUUGGCCAAUAUUAUCUCAGCUGACUAGCUAUGAUAUGAUAAACGGUGGUGAGAUUUCUCUUGGUUGUUUUUUUAUGCCAGAAUGAUGCGCACAGUCUUGAUACUCGCGUUUAUACAGUAGACUCUGGCCAAACAUGAACGGAUCUUAGUUGGCAAUGCAAUUUGUCUAAUUUUGUCGCUGCUGCUGCUGCUGCCGUAGCUGUUUCAUCGCUGAAAAUGCGGAUCGUCUGAGGAUACCAGUCGCUGCUGCUACGGGCAGAGGAUACGACUCUCCCACACCGAUUCGCCGGCGGGAUAAGGCAUUGAUUGCCUUGGAGCACUGGCUCGGCUGCGGAGCGGCCAAUGUCGACUGUUAUUUGCGGUGGAAUUUAAUCCUGUAAAUAUAUAUAUAAACAUAAAUCAUUUAUAGCUCUAAAAGUAGGGACACUCAGGGACAAUGUCUUCUCGCUCAGCACUACCGUCUGGGAACGAACGGAACUCGGACCACCAUGCCUCUCUCACAGGCAGCCGCUCAGAGAAGGGCUCGGGCUGGUCGAGCCGCUCGCUGGGGGCGCGCUGCCGGAACUCCAUCGCCUCCUGCACGGACGAGACGCCGCACAUCGGCAACUACCGGCUGCUGAAGACCAUCGGCAAGGGCAACUUCGCCAAGGUCAAGCUGGCACGCCACAUCCUGACGGGCAGGGAGGUUGCAAUAAAAAUAAUUGACAAAACCCAGCUGAAUCCGACCAGCCUACAGAAGCUCUUUCGAGAGGUACGGAUCAUGAAAGGCCUCAAUCACCCAAACAUAGUGCAGCUGUUUGAAGUGAUAGAGACAGAGAAGACUCUCUACCUGAUCAUGGAGUACGCCAGCGGAGGUGAAGUGUUCGACUACCUCGUGUCUCACGGGAGAAUGAAGGAGAAAGAAGCGCGAGCCAAAUUCCGUCAGAUUGUGUCUGCCGUCCACUACUGUCACCAGAAGAACAUUGUCCACAGAGACCUCAAGGCGGAGAACCUCCUGCUGGACGCCGACUCCAACAUCAAGAUCGCCGACUUCGGCUUCAGCAACGAGUUCACGCUGGGCAACAAGCUGGACACCUUCUGCGGCAGCCCGCCCUACGCUGCCCCCGAGCUCUUCCAGGGCAAGAAGUACGACGGGCCCGAGGUGGACAUCUGGAGCCUGGGGGUCAUCCUCUACACGCUGGUCAGCGGCUCGCUGCCCUUUGACGGACAGAACCUCAAGGAGCUGCGCGAGCGGGUGCUGAGGGGGAAGUACCGCGUGCCCUUCUACAUGUCCACGGACUGCGAGGGCAUCCUGCGACGGUUCCUGGUGCUCAACCCCACCAAGCGCUGCACCCUGGAGCAAAUCAUGAAAGACAAGUGGAUGAAUGUCGGAUACGAGGGCGAGGAACUGAAGCCCCACGUGGAGCCGGUGGAGGACUACAAUGACGCCAGCCGCAUCGAGGUGAUGGUGGGAAUGGGCUACUCUCGCGAGGAGAUCAAGGACGCCCUGACCAAUCAGAAGUACAACGAGGUCACGGCUACGUAUCUGCUGCUGGGCCGUAAGAAUGAGCUGGAGGGCAGCGAAUCCCGGUCAGGCAGCAGCCUCUCUCUGGCACGGGUCCGCCCCAGCACCAUCACCAACGGCACCAGCAAGCACUCCUCCUCCGCCGCCGCCUCCUCCUCCUCCAGCUCCGCCUCCUCGCACAGCAAGACCCAGCGGAGCGCCUCCACCUACCACAGACAGAGGCGGCACAGUGACUUCUGCGGGCCCUCCCUGCCGGUGGCGCACCCAAAGCGCAGCCCCACCAGCACGGGCGACGGCGAGCUGAAGGAGGAACGGCUGCCGUCCCGCAAGGCCAGCUGCAGCGUGGUGGGCAGCCGCAGCAUCCCGCCCUCCAGCCCCAUGGUCAGCAGCGCCAACAACCCCAACAAGUCGGAGAUCCCCGAUCGCCGCAAAGAGAUUAACGCCACCACGAACAACAUCCCUGCAAGUGCCAUGACCCGGCGGAACACCUACGUGUGCACCGACCGCUCCAGCACCGACAGACACUCCCUGUUGCAGAACGGCAAGGAGAACAGCUCCCUGUCCCACCGCCUCCCCCCGGCCUCCCCCUCCACCCACAGCAUCGCCGGGGCGGGGGCGUCGGGCUCCUCCUCGGGGGAGCGGUCCCGGCUGACCCGCGGCUCCACCAUCCGCAGCACCUUCCACGGGGGCCAGCUGCGGGACCGGCGGCCGCCCCCCCACGCGGCCCCGCCCACCUCGCCCACGCUGUCGCACGACGCCAGCCCCCUGCCCCACGCCCGCAGCCGUGCCACCUCCAACCUCUUCAGCAAGCUCACCUCCAAGCUCACGCGCAGGGUCAAUCUUGACCCCUCUAAACGCCAGAGCUCAAACAAGUCCGUCUCGGGCUGUACUCUUCCACAGGGAUCAAAAACAGUUAACGAACCUGAGGGAGUCUGCAGAUCUCCGGUCUCAAGUCGCCAUCUACCUGGGCAUCAAAAAGCGUCAGAGCCCCGGACCCCCCGAUGCGGCUGGGAUGUGAGGGUGCGGAGCCCGCGGGACCCGGCGGAGGUGGUCCUGGCGCUGAGGGAGGCAGCCCAGGGCUGCGGCUGCCAGGUCCACCUGGCCGGCCCCUUCCUGCUGUCCUGCACCCACGGGGCGGCCGGCUCGCGCGUGGCCUUCGAAGCCGAGGUGUGCCAGCUCCCCACGGGGCCCUCCGAGACCAGCGGCGUGCGCUUCAAGCGUCUGUGGGGGGCGCCGCUCGCCUUCCGGGACAUCGCCACCAAAGUCUCCAAGGAGCUGCAACUCUGAGGGCGACAGGGGGCGGGGGUGGAGGGGCAGAGGACGGACAGACUGAGUCAGGAAGGGACGUUGCCACCGGCGCCCCCGCCUCGACCGCCGCCGCCGCCGCCAACCCCUCCCCCGCCCCCGCCACGACGUCACACGGACACGCAGACACAGACAGUUCGCCACCCGCCAUCCCCCAUGACCCCUUACGAAAGACAUCACUAUUCCCGGACGAAAAGAAUCCAGCCGAUUUGAUUUUUAUUCCUGUUGAUGAUAUCGUUGUCGUCGUCAUAAUGAUUAUAUUAUAAUUGUUGUCAUUCCUUUUUGAACAGCUGCUAUUUAAAAUGUUUUUGAACUUUUUUUUUUGUUGUUGUCACGGGCAGGGGAUUCACCUUUCUUUUUAUUAUUUUGAAAAAGCCGUUUUUAUUGUUUACUUUUGUUUCCGAGUGACGCAUAAGAUGAAGUAUUGCGAAAAGGUUUGAAGCAUCGGGGCCGACCGGUGUCAUACUGGACUCUAGUCACAAGGGGGCGAUAAGCAGAAAUGCAGAGAUGGAUGAAAUGCAGCAUCAAGAGAAACAGCUGAUUUUCUCUUCCCAGUUACCUGGCUGCCCAGUCUUACGAGGGUCCCCUUUGCUGUUUUGUUUGUUGUCAGUGAGGGCAAGAACAAAGCCGUCUGACUUCACAGUGUACAAAGCUGAGUGUGUGAUGACUGCUUUUCUGAGCCACGACACUUUAUUUUUCUACAUAUUAGCACAUUUAAAAAAAAAAGAGCAUAUGACUCGCUCAUAUUUUAGCACUUUGAUCUAACAGUAUCCCCUCCUCAAAUGGUACAGUCACUCAUCCAAGCUCCAUGCCUGAUUUUGUAGAAGCUCCGCACAAGCAUCAAGACGAAUCGGUAGCCACAGUUUCCCGUCUCCUGUUUUCCCCUUGUCCACUGACUUUAACCAUGCUGAGCCAAGCCGAGCCAAGCAGGAACUGGCUGACGAGGCUUGCUUGGUUUUCCAUCGCCGCACUCAGGCUGUAAUACACCCUUACACAUUUGAACAGAAGGAGCAUUAUAGACUGUUUAUGACACUCAAACAGGAGGAAGAACUGUAGUUUAGUCAGUUUUCAAGCUCUCAUUUAACAAAAGUGUUUUAUUGUUAACUAGCUGACAUAAUACAAUAGCUGCAGUAAGCUAUAUUUUGUAUUAAUCCUUGUUAGAGUGGUGCAAUUUAUAAGCAUACAUGUUUUCUGUGAUAAAUGUAAAAAUUAGCAUAGCUGUCAUAAGCUAUUGCUAUAAUUCACCUAUAUUAGUAGAGAGGACAUGGGUGUAGGUUUUGAUAAGAGCAGACACAUGAUGUCGAGCAAUUUGGACAAGUACAAACAUUCAGUAGCUUAAAACCUAUCUACAGUUAACACAAUAUUGACCGAAACCUCCUGAAACAUUUUCUCCUUCCUGAUAGCUUUGGCAUUGACUAUUGCAGUGUCACCAGUUUUGCUAACCCAGCUCCUGGCCUACUAGUAACCAGUCCAGCACCGGUUUUAUUUACCUGGCUCAGCAAAAUAAAUCCUGUGGAAAACCAGGCACAGCCAUAACUGUGCCAGCAAGCCUGGUUCUGGCAUGACGGUGGAGAGCAGCCAUUCAAUGGCCACUGCUAGGGCCAAGGAGGAUUUUCUCGCAUAAACUUAUCGCUGCAUUCACCUCCUUUUGGCUCAACCGUUUAGUUGCCAAGAAGCAUUGGCUAACAGGCAGUGCGCUGAAACACUUUGUGAGAUUAAACGGUAAAAAAAAAAAAGAGUUUGGAAAGGUCUUAGGGCACAGGUGCAGCGGUCUACUCUGUAUUUCUGUGAGUCCAGGGUUGCAUUUUGACAUGCUGCCAUACUCUCUUCUCCCCACAGCAAUACUGACCUCUGAUCAGUAGUAGGUAAGGGGGAUUUUUGCAUGACGUCAGAGGCUCCUUUGCUGGUCAGCGAUGCUGCAGGGAGAAGAGAAGGAGGGAGCCGUUUGGGAGGCAACGCUGUCGUGGCCUUUGAGAAUUCACCCAGGGAUCUCUGUCAGAAGUUAAGGAAAAAAGACUUCAGCUCAUCGCUGCCUACAUCCGAAGCAGGAAGACGGCAUUGUGCGUGCCGGCGGUUUUGCACAAAUCUUUGGCUGCCUAAUGAUGCUUUGGGACAGGUCUGCUCAAAGCCUGACCCUGGAGGACCGCAGUGUCUGUAGGCUUUGUUCCAGUCAGGAAGUGAAAGCACGUGGUUCAUGUACUCAUUGUCUGGCUCGUGUCAGUGCAUUUUCCUUCCCCGUUUCUGAUGGUGACAGGGGUUCAAGGAAAACCGGAAGACCUGCAGGACUGAAUUUCUCCAGGGCCCAAGUGAGCCUGCGUUAGGUAAACAGGUCUAGACCUGGUGCUAAACCCAGUCUGCCAGAUCACCUGGUAACGUUACAGUUCAUCGGUCUCAGUCGGCCAGACCUGGUAGCAGGCAGGCCCAUCUCCCCCGAUCCAUUUAUUCCAACUCAGCCUGGAGAUCGCUGGUUCGAAUCUGGGCUUUGCCUCCAGCUGACAGCUGGUCAGGAAGUAAGAGGGGGGAGGUCCUUGCCUGGUUGCCCACUGAUCCGCCAGCAGCCUGCCCUGCCCUCUCAGACUGGGAUCUCACAGGUGGCCACUUAGCCCCGGGAAAGGCUGUGACAUUAACGUUCCUGUCAGGAGAGUGGAGUGGUUCCUCCCAUCUGAGAGGCUGCCACUGUGUGCACUGUCUGGCUCUGAUCUCACAUCGGAGUGUCCUUCUGGCCGUGUCAGCAUGCAGCUGUUUGUCUCUGGGCCGGUGUCCGCCCCUGGAAGUGGAUCUGCCAGACCCGUGAAAGAGGUUGAUGAGUUGUUCGGAGUUCUUGCCUGUGUUUUUCACUCCUUUCCUGUAGGCUUUUUACUCAUAAUUUGUGACCCCCUCCUGAUUCCAUGAUGUUUUUAGAUAUGUUUCCACAUCCCUGAAAACCCAAGCCGACCCACACACACACUGAUCAGAAAUGUCCUUUCUCUCAUAAGCCCAACGCCAUUUUUCCCCUUUUCACAAUCUCAUUACUCUUACACAUACAGUAUUACACACUGGAUCCCUGUACAGUGCAGACUCCAAUGGCGGUGGUGGGGUUUGCACCAGGUGUAUCCGGGACACUAUAACUAUUACUUAAAUCUACCACAUCCAGAGGAAGUUGUGGGAAAUCUUAAAAGCAGGCCUCUGGGAGAGUAACUGUCUUAAAUGUGAAAGCUGUGAUUUUUGGACACUUCCUUCGGUAAAAGAUUUUCAAAAAUAAAAGAGGGCCUCUCUUCUUCAGCCAGCUGCAUAGAUAUUGUUAGAGCUUAGGGUCAUGUCUAGAGAGUAGGAAGCAUUAGGUAUAAAACAGCUGCUGUUCCUGAUAAAGGGGGUGCCAUACUGAAUAUUGCUGAGUUGAAAUCGGUUUUAAUUUAACAUGAAUAAAAUGACCUUGUUUCACCUGUUGAUCGGAUGCUUUUUCAAUGCAAGUGCUUUCACUGGUUUAUACAUGAGUCCAGCCUCAUCGUUCCAAAUGCUGAGUCAUUUUAGUUUGGCUGCUGACAUGAAAGGUCACUGUCAGCCUAUAGCAGACUGAACAUGAGCAUAUUAGGAGUGGCAGUUCAUUUUAUUAGAUUUGGAAAAGCCUGCAAGAGGUUCUGGGUUUCUCUUUGUUGGGAGAGUGGAAAAUAUCAGGGAAGCGUCCUACAGAAGCCUCUUUUCCAGGGUUAGUUUCAUUGAUAGAAAGUGAAGACGAUUAAAUCAGGGGGCGUUCCUUUCGAUACAGGAGGAACACAGUGAAAUGCCCACAGCCAGAUCUAUUUAGUGGUGAAGUUAUUUGCUGCCUUUAAAACAAGUCCAACAGCAGUCCUGGCUGGCCCUUGUUUUUGGUGAGAAUGCAGGCUCAUGCCAUGUUCUGUAAUAUCUGUUCAACUUUCACCAUGGUAGUGUUGGAAAUAAGCAAGUUAAACAUGGGUAGAUGCGGUAUCCACUGGUUUGGGAAAAAGUUCAGACUUAUUUCCUAUGCUAGGCCUGAACUUUGUCAGUCAUGCCAGUCAGCAAAGGUUACUUGUUAGGAAAUGUGCCCAUCUUUAUCCGGAGAUGAACCUCUGUUCAAACGCUACAAAGGACCAAUUUUAGUAUGUUUUACUUAAGCAUUCUCUACUCAAGAUAUUCUAGCCAUUUGCUGUUGUCUUUAUGGUUCAGGACUAUUAAAUACAUUGGUGAGCUGCCACGCUUUCAGAUCUUACUGGCUGGUCACAAAUUUAUAUGGAACUCUUGGCUUGAAAUGGCAUCUUUUAAGAGUGGAUCAGGUGCAAUCAUCACUCCAAAUAAAAAUGUCCAUUACUGAUUACUGAGCCAAACAAGAAGAUUCGAAACGCCUAGUUAGUUUUACUUCACCCAUGAAUUGAGCAAAAGAAGACCUAGCUCCUUUUUUUCCAAAAUAGAAUAUUCUAACAGUACUGUUCCCUGGUGCUCAAUUGCGUGCUGUUUGUCCCUCUGCAGCAUCUGUACAGGCAACACAAUGGAACCCCCAACCUGUCACUAUAGGCACACACUCAGAACGCGCACACACACACACGCACACACACGCACACACACAUACACACACUCCUUACUCUCCCUGUAAAAAUCCAGCAGAGUGCUUGUAUUUGUAUCAUUGUGUAGAAAACAAAGAUGAGAAAAGAAAAUAUGGGUCAAUUUCUUUUUUUUUCUUUUGAAUUUUUAAAUUAUUAUUCUGGUACCGGCUAUGGUGCCUUUAGAUGUAAAGAAAA